GGCCGUGAGGAGGAGCAGGAGGAGGGGGGGGAGCAGACGGACGCCCCGCUGGCAGUCUCCUCCCAGAGCCUGAGAGCCACCUUUGUGGUCGGGAAGCGAGCGGAGACACCACCAGGCCUCUCCGAAGCAAGUUUUCCUAAGGAUCCAUCAGGAAGCGGCAGGACCACCUGCCUGAGCCCACGCGCCUCUCCUGCUGCUCCAGGUCCUACCAUUUCCCAAGUGGCAGUAAACCAUCAUGUCAAGCCUGGAGCUCCCGCUGUUCACCAGGGGGCCCUCCAGGAUGCCCAUCUUGACCGACAACCACGUGGUGGACAGGGCAAAGAACAUCUCAGAAGAUGACUGCUUCCAGUCCCGGAACACCGUCCUGCAGGGGCAGCCCUUCGGGGGCGUCCCUACCGUGCUGAUGCUCAACCUCCUCUUGUGGAUGGUCAUCCUUGUGCUUUACUCCUUCCUCCGGAAAGCCGCGUGGGACUACGGGCGCCUGGCUCUGCUCAUCCACAAUGACAGCAGCCUGACAUCACUCAUCUAUGGGGAGCAGAGUGAGAAGACAUCCCCCUCAGAGAUUUCGAUGGAGAUGGAACGCAGGGAUAAGGGUUUCUGUGCCUGGUUCUUCAACAGCAUAACCAUGAAGAACGAGGACCUGGUCAGCAAGUGCGGCAACGACGCGCACAUCUACAUCAUGUUCCAGUACCACCUCAUCACCUUCGUGCUCAUCCUGUGCAUCCCCUCGUUGGGCAUCAUUCUGCCCAUCAACUACUUUGGAACUGUUCUGGACUGGAAUAGUCACUUCGGCCGGACCACCAUUGUCAAUGUCUCCACAGAGAACAAACUCUUGUGGGUGCACAGCACCUUGGCCUUCAUCUACUUCAUCGCCAACGUCAUCUUCAUGGCUCACCACUGCUUGGGGUUCGUGCCCAAGAACACCCAGAAGGUCACAAAGACACUGAUGGUCACCUAUGUCCCCACGGAGAUCCAAGAUCCCGAGCUCAUCAGCAGACACUUUCAGGAGGCCUAUCCAGGGUGCGUCGUGACCAGAGUCCACUUCUGCUAUGAUGUCCGGCAUCUGAUUGACUUGGACGACCAGAGGCGCCACGCCAUGCGGGGCCGGCUGUACUAUGCCGCCAAGGUCAAGAAGAGCGGAAGGGUGAUGAUCAAGACGCACCCCUGCUCCCGGCUGUUCUUCUGCAGCUGUUGCUUCUGUUUCAAAGAGGUGGAUGCAGAGCAAUACUACAGCGAGCUGGAGGAGCAGCUGACGGACGAGUUCAACGCCGAGCUCCACCGCGUCCGGCUGAAGCGCCUGGACCUCGUCUUCGUCACCUUCCAGGACGCCAGGAUGACCAAGCACAUCAUGGAAGAUUAUAAGUUCGUCCACUGUGGUGUACGCCCCCAUCAGUCCUCCGUGACCACCGCCGUCAAAUCAUACCACUGGAGGCUCACCAUCGCCCCACACCCCAGAGACAUCAUUUGGAAGCAUCUGUCCAUCCGCCACUUCUUUUGGUGGGCCCGCUUCCUCGUCAUCAACGCCUCCCUCUUCUGCCUCUUCUUUUUCCUCACCACACCUGCUAUCAUCAUCAACACCAUCGACAUGUACAACGUCACCCGCCCCAUCGAGAAGCUGCAGAGCCCAAUCGUGACCCAGUUCUUCCCCUCCCUGCUGCUGUGCGGCUUCACGGUGAUAAUGCCUCUGAUAGUCUAUUUCUCCGCCUUCCUGGAGGCCCACUGGACCAGAUCAAAUCAGAAUCUCACCAUCAUGUACAAGUGUUACUUUUUUCUGGUGUUUAUGGUGGUCAUUCUGCCCUCGAUGGGACUGACCAGUUUGCACGUAUUUUUCCGCUGGCUCUUUGACGUCUACUACCUGGAGCAGGCAUCUAUCCGGUUCCAGUGCGUGUUCCUGCCAGACAAUGGCGCCUUCUUCGUCAACUACGUCAUCACAGCAGCUCUGUUCGGCACCGGCAUGGAGCUCCUACGUGUGGGCUCUCUCUUCCUGUACAGCACCCGCCUCUUCUUCUCCAGGUCGGAACCAGAGAGAGUCCAUAUCAGGAAGAGCCAAGCCCCAGACUUCCAAUUUGGGCGAGAGUACGCGUGGAUGAUCAAUGUCUUCAGCGUGGUGAUGGCGUACAGCAUCACCUGCCCUAUCAUUGUCCCUUUCGGGCUGCUCUACCUGUGCAUGAAGCACAUGACCGACCGCUACAACAUGUACUACUCCUACGUGCCCACCAAGCUCAACGAGCAGAUCCACAUGGCUGCCGUCUACCAGGCCAUGUUUGCGCCCCUCUUGGGUCUCUUCUGGAUGCUCUUCUUCUCCACGCUGCGACUCGGCUCAGUCCACAGCAUCACCUUCUUCUCUAUCUCCACCCUCCUCUUCUCCAUCGUCAUCGCCUGCUUCAGCACUCUCCUCGGGAGGUUCCGGAAGGUAUCCGAGCCUGAGGAAGAUCUCCAGACGGUGUUCGAUCUGGAGCCCAGCAGUUCCUCGUCCACGCCCACCUCCCUGAUGUACGUGGCCACCGUGCUACAAGAGCCAGAGAUGAACCUGACCCCAGCCACCUCCCCCGCUCGGCAUUCCUAUGGCACCAUGAACGGCCAGCCAGAAGGCCAAGAGGAGAGUGGCCUGAAGGAGUUCGCAGGGGAUAUGGACUCAGCCCAGCUCCAGGAUGGGCUGGAAGAACUGGAGAGCCAGAGCCAGUACCACUGACCGGGGCCCCAGGGCCUCCACCUGGCACCUCCAAGAGUGGCGACUAGGGCAGGGUCUGGCAGGAGGAUGGCCAGAGCCCCGUGCUACCUCCUACAGACGGUGUGGAGAUGUCUACCCCCCUGGCCGUGAGGAUCUUCUAGAACAGAAGGACUGGGCAGCCAGAUGGACCCUGGGCUGGGCUGGAGGACACUGAUAGCCACCAAGUGUUGGGAGAGGCAGCUGAAACGUUGGGCACAGAGACUGAAUGUUGGGGUUCCCCUGCCUGGGGAGAGGGGAUGUCAAGAUGGAGACGGUGUGGAAGGGAGAAGCCAGAAAAAAAGAAGUCCGCUGGAGGCGCUCCAGGGUCUUCACCACCCCCCUCCAGCUGCCUUCCAGGGAGCUUCUGCCGCUUCGUGCCCCUACCCCCAGCCCCCCUUCUCCGGCUGUCCACAGAAGCCCAGAAAUAGGCACUGCGUUCAGCUCCCAGCCAUGCCCUCAGACCAGGCUGCCCUGCAUGGGGGUCUGGGAGGGAAGGCCCCAGGGCACCACAGCCAGGGGCUGCCAGGACCACAGAGCUGAGAGGAGGUGGCAGGUGCCCAAGCCUUCUCCUGGCCUGCUGCCUUUCGUCUGUUUCCUGGGCAGAAGCAGACGUACCACUUUUCCAUCCUUGAAAGAGUAGCGGGGCUGGGUCACCCAGGAGACCCCUGUGGAUUUGAAUGAAGGGCGCCUUUGCUAUCUCAGGAUGGCUACUGUGAGACAAUGGGGAGGGGCAGAGGCAAAGCCAUGGGAGGGUUCUCCUCCCCAAGCUCUGGGUGUUGGGCAAACAAACACCCCUCCCAUAGGCCCCAAGGCUUAAUAAGCGGGCCCCCAAGGCCCAGUCCUGGCCGCUGAGAGCUUCUGCCUAGUGCCCAUCUAAGUGCCUAGGUUUGCAGUGGGGCCGGGAGUGGGAAGGGGGGUAGCUUAGAGUGGAACCCAUGCUUCCAACUGAAGGCAUCGGCCACUCCCCACCAAACCCCUCAGCCCCAAGGGAGGGCCCUUCGUCCCCUCUCUGGCUGCCUGCACCCUGGACUGAAGAGGACUUGAGAGACCUGCAGCCUAACCCUGCCGCAGACACUACACAGAUAUUGCCCCGGCUGCCCCAGCCCAGCCCUGCCUUGAGAGGAGGGUUGAUGGGGAGGGGCCUGUCUGGGCCACCACCCCAAGGCCUGCAGGAGCCGAAUUCGGAUCAAGAACACCUGCAACACCUAGCACCUUUACCACAGGCAGGGGACUCCAGGCCUUUGGGGGCAAGCGCCCUUGGGCACUCCUCAUAGCCCAGUGGGGGUGGACUUGCGGGGAAGUUCGCUGGACUGAAGUAAGCCAGCAUGCGCCGAGCUGGACAAGACCUGCACGUGUCAGAGCCUGCCUGGGCGCCCUCCUCCAAGGUUGGAGUCCCUGGAGCCCACCUACUGAAGGCAGGACCCUAAGGCUCGCCUCACCUGGCUGGUCCCCCCCAUGGCCCAGGCCCUGGAGGACCCAGAACUCUGAUCCUUGGCACCCCAUCCCUGUACCACCUUUGCCUGAAUCCUGGCCCCGAAGCUCCAAGCUUUGCCCUAAGCUGAGGGCCAAACAUUGCCAUUCCUGUGUGUGGCCCACACUUACACAUGGGGGGGGUGGGUC